GUGCGGCAAGGUUAAUUGCGAAAUCUCGUCCCGUCAUAUGAGAUGAUCGUCGCAAUUAAUUGUACGCUGCUUGUGUUUUGAUUGAGAUUAGAUUUGGGUCUUGACGCUCUCGCAACGGACGUGUUAUUACUUUGGAAACCUUUGUGAAUCAUUCAAAUCCUUAAAAUCUCGUCAUCAUGGGUGGUUUAUUCUCAUCUGAAGAAGUCAACAUGGACGGCAAAGAAGCUACGUUCAUAAGAGGAAUAACACAUGACAAGUGUGUUGUAGUCUUCUCCAAGACUCACUGUCCAUUUUGUCACAAGGUGAAGAAAAUCUUUGAGGACUAUGACGCUAAUUAUGAAGUUGUCGAGCUGGACAAACGUUCUGAUACGAGUGCAAUGCAAGCUGUCCUUGGCAAAAUGACUGGUGCUUCUACGGUUCCACGAGUAUUCAUCAAGGGGAAUUGCGUCGGUGGCUACGACGACACGAAGAGACUUCAGGACUCCGGUCGUCUGGAGGAAAUGCUCAGGGAUUGUAAUGCCAUAGAAUAGCCCUGCCUCCGCAUCCCUCAAAAUGAUUGUACGGCACUGACAAAGGAAGAUAAGAACUUUUGAUGAUUGUAUUUAUACAUAUUCAUGGAAAAGAUGUUGUUUUUUCCAGGGGAACUCCCUCAAAAUUGUCGUCCAGGGCCCCGUUGCAUAGAAAUUACUAUUACAGAGCUGCCAAGUAGUACAGAUUUUCAGUUUUUAGUUAGCACUGAAAAAUGAGAAGAAUACUGAUGGUUUCAUGCAAAAUACUAAUUUCUCAAGUUCCAGUUUUAUGUGUUGUCCUACGGUAUUACUUCGAAAAUACUGAUUUCCUCACCAAAAUACUUAUUUUCAGCUUUUAUCGUACUGAAAUGUUCGUUUUCCGGUUGGCAGCUCUGCUGUUAUACAUGUAGUAACUUUGCCAUCCAAUAGUAAUUACCAUGGUAACAAUGCUAAUCAGCCAAUCAGAAUCAAGGAUUUCAGGGAAGUUACCAUUGGAUGACAAAGUUAUUAUACAUGUAAUUAACUAGUAUGCAAUGCUGCCCAGUAAUGACAAACAAAGAUAAGAAAAUUGAUGAUGGUAUUAUUUAAAUCAACCAUGGAAUAUAUUGAUGGAAUUUUUUUCUGGGGCUAUUUUGAAACUGACAUGUACUUCACCAGUCACAAUUCUUUGACUACCUGUUUAUCUGUUUCAACCAGAGAACAGAAGAUUCAGUGGACCGAAUCUAUUGUUCUCUGGUUGAAACAGGUAAUAGUGAGUCAAAGAAUUGUGACUGGUAGUGUAGUCAAUCGCAUUGUAUUAGAGUUUACCUUGGACUCCAUGGCCCGUAUUCUGAAGCCGGGUUUAAAAUCAAACUCUGGUCUAAAGUUGUGGUUUAACUAUGGAUAGCCAAUUGCGACAUAAAUCUCUGACAUUACAUGUUCAAUGUUAGCUCAUUUGACUCUCAAAUCAUUCUUAACUGUCUGGGAGUGGGAAAGAUGAAUAAGAUACUUGUCUUCACCGUUAAAAAAAUUAGGGAAGUGCACAGUAAACAUAAGAAACAUGCAAUGUAAACACAUUUUGACAAAUCUGGCUUCCCAUAAUUUUAGCAAAUAGUUAGAUUGUGGUCUUUAUUAAAGUUUAACCCAACUUCUGAAUAAUGGCCUAUGGAUGCAUGAAAAUCUAGAAUACAUGUACUGCAUGAACAAUGCAUCCAUGAGUGAAGCCAAAUGAGUCAAUGUCCCAGCAAUAGCUCCUUUUUCAUCUUUAUUAUCUUCAGCUACGCAAUUAAUAGAAUAAAUACUGCAUUACAUAACAUUUGUUUGUACCCUGUACAGAUGGUUCCAUUGUCAAUUACUUCCCCACAAUUACCGCCAAAUAUGUAAUAUUUUAAAUUGUGUUUUCUCACUUACUGUGCAUUUUAAGUGGUUAAGUAAUGCAGGGUACUUUUCGUAGAACACGAUACAAUGCUAGUUUAAAGAAAAACAAUUCAUACUAAUGCUAUGCCUAUUGUGAGGUUCUCUUUAUUUUCAUUUUGAUUUGUAUAUUAAUGCCUUGUGAAUAAUCUCUACAUAUAUGCAUCACAAGGCACAUAUAUCAAUUGAUGAAAUUAUUAUGUUCAAUACAAUCUGCACUUCUUCUCUGAAAUAUGAUUUAUUUUUUUGUGUAGAUCUAUAAAGACAAAUGUAUUUUCUGAUAUUUUUUAUCUUCAUACUUUGUAUUUCUUGCCUUAUCUGCAUUAUCUGAUUUCAGUUCUUUUAUGUCUUUUCUAUUGAAGUUGUGUUGAUUUCACAUCUUUAUAUGUAUGUGGGGUGCCCUUGUAUCAUUGAUCUAGGUAGAUUUAGAUGGUUCUGUUAUUUGCGAUAUUAAAGGGGAGGGGGUCAUUCUUUAAAAAAAAAUUGUACAAUCAAAUUGUGCAAGCUAGUGUCACUGCAAAUAAAAAGGGGGGCUCAUAGAGUACGAAUGAUUAGGUUUUGUGUUGGUGGAGGGCCCUUAUUAAGUCUUAUUGAGUGUUGCAAGAAACUUGCAAUUGAUCACUUGUAAGUAAAUUUUGAGUCCCCAAAUCAAUCCUAAUUCAUGCAAUUAAUUGCAACUUUUCAUUAAGCCAGUUCACGGUUAGCUCAUGAUCAACUUUUCUCACAUGACCUUUGUGAUUUUUCAUUAGGAUUAGCACUACCAUUUUCAAAUGUAGAUGUUGCGUAAGCUUUACCGGUAGAGUAUUCAAAUUCUAAGAACAAAAAACAUUGUAUAGACCUGGGGGGCGUUUCAUGAAAGGACUUGUCGGACGUUUUAUCCGACAGUUACCAUAGUAACAGUACCUCUCAGCCAAUCAACAUCAGAGAAAGAUGUCAGAUCUGACAACUUGUCGGAUGAAAAUGUUGAUGAAACACUCCCCAGGUGACUAGAAUAGUACAUCAGGGAUAAAGUUUGGAAAUCUGUUUUAUUGUCUGCCUUUGGCACAUUUGACUAUUGUUUAGGCUACUGUCAAAUACCAUUGAUUAUGAAGGCUCUAUUUAUUACUCUUCAGCUUGGAUGUGAUAAAUAUUUUGAAAAGAAUACAUGAAUAAUCAUCAAAUCACAAAUGCCUAUGUCAGUGAAUUUGAAAGCCACCUUCAUGGUUGUCUCCAAUGACCUUUUUCUGCUCGUGCGCAGUUUACAACCGUGAACAGGCUUAUUGAUGAUCAAUUGAUCACCAGUCUGCUUCCAAACAAUUUGCAUUAUAAUUGAUCCAUAAAUCUGUAAAUUUGCAACUUAAAUUUGUUUUGCAAUUGAUUGCAAGUAUUUUUUGCAACUUCCCUAUUAAGAUGUUGACACUAACUAGGCUUCCCUAGCUUUAAAAAAAAGCUGUGAAUGUAUCAUAUAGAUAAAAUAUAUUUAUACAAUGAGGUCAUUUAAAAUUAAUACCCUGAAACGUAUCCACACAUGCCGGUUUGUUAUUUUCUAAAUCUGUAUCCAAUAUACUACAAUUGUAAACUUAUAGGUCAGUAUAUUUUUAUGGGUUGCUCACGUACAUGUAUGCCUUUGUCAAUUGUUUUUAGAUAGUACACAUCCUUGGCCUCAUUGCCUGCUAAUCUUUAAUCGGCCUUGUCAGCCACCUGGCAUUGGAUUGUAUUUGUAAAUCUAUUUUAAACCUCAUUUUAUUGGCCUGAAAUGUAAAAGAUGGGUAGUAUGGUGUGCAUUAAUAUAAGGCUGAGGUUUAAUUGUGUUACAUUUAUUGUGUAUGCUCGACCCAGCUCAACGCAAGUGUUGGUUGAUUUUUAUGGUAGUGGUGUAUGUUAUUAAUAAUAAUAGUUACAUUUAUAUAGCGCAUCAUACUGUAUGUUUCUAAAGCACUUUACAUUGUAACUAUUAUUACCCCAAUCAUAGGAUCCAUUACUGUUCCAUACAUAAAAGUUACCAUCUCCACUCCCUGGGGAGUAUCCUGACCAUGCAAACGUUUAUUCAUGAACAUGGUUUAUUGGUGCACACGUGCCAAUCUAAUCACAUUGACUUAUAGUUAGGUUUACAUACAUGUAGUGUUUGUAUGGAGGAUGAGGAUUUUUGAAUGUGCUAAAAUCAUUGACAGUGGUUGAUUUUUGUAAGAAACAUCACCCCUCCCUUCUUGUCAGUGGCACAUUGGGGGGGGGGGGUAUUGAUUCAAUUCGACUCCUACAAGUGAGAAAAUUGGCCCUUAACUAUUUUUCUACAAAGUAAAGUGACAAAGUAGUUCAAAGCUAAUGAAUUCACAAAUUCUGCACAAUGAUCUAGUCAUUUGACCUCAUCAUGUGACUUCAUCAUGUGACGACAAUAUUAAUAUCAUGUGACAGGAUGAAUUAUAAAACACCAAUUCUGGCAGAUAUUCAAUCUGAAGUUUCCCUCCUAUUUUGAACACUAAAAUACCACCUGGCAGACUCAUUCAAUAUUUCCUGAAUUAGUUGAUCAUAUUGGCAAAUGCAAGUUUUGAUUGUUUUUCGCACAACUUAUAAUCAGAUUUAAAAAAUUGAUAAAAAAUGGUACAUGUAUGUUUAGUUUAAUGAUACCAAGUAUCAAGCGCAGCAGAGUAUUUGUAUGUACAUGUACAUACUAACUGUGUUACAUAAAUGGACUUUGGAUUAUAUUAUUAUUAUCUUAAUUUGGGUAUUGUGUCAUUGCAACAGUAGUAUUCAUGGGCAUGUAUAGGUAAUUAUUGUUUUGCUAUUUGGAUCCUUUGAAAAGCACUAUAUGAAUCAAGCUAUUCCUAUUUUUAGGGUGUUCCAUACACGUUUUCUAAUGGUAAAGUCUGACAAGCUGUCUGUCUGUCACAGUUCAUCAGAGCGUUUGUCUCUUUGUUUUAUUCCAGUAUUCAUUUUUUUUUUGUAAUGCUGAAUAUGUAUGAUAAAUCCAAAAGGAUUGUUUUUUAAAGGAUGAAUAAAUAAACAAUUUAUUUGAAAUAAAGAUCAUUUCGGAUAUACGUUAUGUGAAAUAUAUUAUUGGAUGUGUUCCUGAAAGUUAAUAGAACAAUGUGUGUUUUCAAAUUUGGUGGUUGUGCUGGUGUUGGUGUUCGAAAAUAAAAAUAGGGUGCCUUACAUAGCAAUAAUACCUAAUCAUAGAUUCAAAUCUCAUAAUUUAUAGAUUAUUUCAUAAAAAUUGUUAUGAUAUCAAAUUUGCAAUGACAGUUGAAAGCUAUUAAAAUCUUUCAAUCUGAUUCGCUGAUACUAAACUUGUUAUAGAAAUUGUGUAUUUAUUAGUAUAACAAGUCUUUAUGGAAAUAGGGCCCUCACAAAACUUGUUACAAUAACAAAUUUGCAAUAUAAGGUACUAAAAUUCUUCAAUCUGAUAGGUUGAUUUAUAAAUUGUUAUAGAAAUUGUUCAUUCAUUGUCUUUAUAUGAAACAGCCCCAUCACAAACACUUGUUACAAUAACAAAUUUGCAAUGACAGUUAAAAGCUACUGAAAUUCUUCAAUCUGAUAUGGUUGAUUUAGAAAUUGUGUAUUUCUUAUCAUAAAAAGUCUUUAUGAAACGGGACCCUGGCCAGGUUUAUUUUGAAUUUUGUGCAUUGGCCCAAUGCCAACACCAAAAGGUCAACACCGAACUUGAAAUCACCCAAAUAGAAUAUCAUUAUGGCUUUGAUAUUUUAAUAGUUUAUUCAUACUGAUACUACGAGUAUCACUUUUAUAGCAUGUUUAAUGGGGAAGGUCACCUGAAGAAAAGUGAAAUACCAGAAAAAAGUAUUUAAAAUAAUAAUGAUGUUUUGAGAAAAAUCCAUCAAGGAUUAAAGAAAGUUAUUAGAAUUUAAAGUUUUUGAUUUGUGAUGUAUACGAGCAUCUGUCCCAUAUGUUAUGUAAAAUGCAUGAAUUUCUUCUUUUUUUUUAAUAGUCUAUGAGGACUAAAAAAUUUUUUUUUUCUUUCUGGAGCAGGUGUGAAAUGAUUUGUCUGAUGAUUUACUGAAUGUACAACAAAAAACUUUUUUUGAGAAAAUAAAAUUUCAUUGUUUUUUUUUUUAAUUCACGACACAUGGAAAGCUGCUCACAUAUGACGUCACAAAAAAAAAAAAAAAAUCUUCAAAUAACUUUAUCUGAUGAAAUUUCCUCAAACCAUCACCAAUAUUUUUUUUUCAUUUUUGUGCUAUUUUUACAAUAAACUUGAUGUCAGGGUGAUCUUUCCCUUUAAUUUGAUACUAUAUUUGCAAUAAAUGGGGAUGACUAUUAGUUAUUAUGCUAUAAAUCUGACAAGUAUGUACAUGUAUGUACUACUUGGUAUGUAUGUUCUAAAGGUAUAUUACUAUUUAUGUAAUCUGCAUGUUAUAUUGGAUAUCCUCUAUGUUAUGAUGUAUUUGCAAUAAAUUUGGUACUAACAGUAUAACACAA